AUGGCUGAUCAGCCACAACCACAAGGGAAUCAUCGUGGCACUUCUGAAAGCUGCCGUCGAAAGGCCACAUCUGCCGCCACUGGAAAGCAGCAGCAGCGAACAGCGGUAGAUCGUCAUCUUCAUCAUCAUCAAUCCAGUAGUACUGCAGCUUCAGCUCCGUGUGGGGCAUGCAAGUUUUUGAGAAGGAAGUGCAUUAGCGGUUGCAUCUUUGCUCCCCAUUUUGGAUCAGACCAGGGAGCCGCGAGGUUUGCUGCGGUGCACAAGGUGUUUGGCGCAAGUAAUGUCUCAAAGCUUUUGCUGCACAUACCUUUGAACCGCAGGAAUGAUGCUGUCGUUGCAAUAUCCUACGAGGCUCAAGCUCGCCUCUCCGACCCGGUUUAUGGUUGUGUAUCCACCAUUCUUGCUUUACAACAACAGGUUGCAUCUUUACAAACCGAGCUCGCAAUGGUGCAAACUCAGCUGAUAAACAGUAGAUUUGCAUUUGCAAAUGCCAUUCAAAGCUCGCAGCAGCAUCAGGAACAACAGCAAAACAUGGCAUUGCUGCAGCCUGCCUACUCCAACAACUCAUCUGCUUCGACUAACCCAAUCAACAUGAGGAGCUUCACCUCCAAUUUUAAUCAUGAUCUCGCAGCUGAGACAGCACCAUGUUCCCACAGCUUGGAGCCUCUUCUGCUCUCAAGGCCUUCUCAAGACGAAGAAGAAGAUGAGCAACAAAGUCAAGUGCCCCACCAUUUUCGCUAGUGAUCGAUAUACUUGAUGUCCACAAAAUAGUAUUCGCUUCCUUCUUUCUUUUUUAUUUUCUUUUAUCUCUUAGCAUACAAAUAUCCUGACAAUAUACAGUUAUACUUUUAAGUCACCCAUUGCUAAGUGAUUUGCACUGGAUGCUCGUAAACACCGGAGCCAAAUAAAAACUGUGAUAAGUAUAAAAUAACCUAUGAAAAUAGCAUACAACAAUGCACCUAUAUAUCUAUUUUCCUUAUUCUCUGUUAAAAUUGCAUUUUUUUUUAUUAUUAUGAAAAGCGUUUGAAACCCAGCCAAAAGAAGAUGAAUAUGAUCAGCGUUACCGUGCAGUCGGCUUGAUCGCCUAUGACGUC